AAGUGGAGAAGAUGGCAUCGGAAGACAUCACCAAGCUUGCAGAGUCCCUUGCCAAAACUAAAGUGGGUGGAGGACAGUUGAGCUUUAAAGGCCAGAGCCUUAAACUCAAUACAGCAGAAGAUGCUGAAGAAGUGAUCAAACAGAUUGAGGAAUUUGAUGGCCUGGAAGCAUUGCGCCUGGAAGGCAACACAGUAGGUGUGGAGGCAGCAAAGGUCAUUGCCAAAGCCUUGGAAAAGAAGUCGGAGCUCAAGGUGAGAUUCUCAAGUAGGUGA